AUUUCUCUCGUCAUGGCUCUGAUGACAUCGCAUAUUAGGAGAGAAUCAGUUUUGACACAAAGUGAGGAAAAUUGAAUUUGUAUUCCCGAUUUUCUGAAUACGGAUCCUAGUUCUACACCUUGUGAAACAACACUUGCAAAUAUCCUCUCACCUUGUAACGGCAACCUUGCAAAUAUUCCCCGUGCAUCUAACUACAAAAUCAGGAUGGGACACUUUGGAAAUUUGGUCUUUCUCUUCUCUGUGAUAUCAGGGGUAAGGACACUAGUUCCAGUGAACAAACCCGGGAAAUGCCCCGUACCUACAUAUUAUAACGCCGGAGGAGACUGUCAGCAGGAUUCUGAGUGCGCAGGCUCAAUGAAGUGCUGCCCCCACACCCUGGCGGGCUUCGCGUGCAUGGAGCCGGACUCGUCGACGGAUGUCGCUGGCGGUCGUCCGGGAGACUGCCCCGUCAUCAUGGACUCCAAGACAGGGAUUGGGUGUGAGAGAGACAUGGACUGCAUGGAGCCCCAGAUUUGCUGUGACUAUGGACAAGCUUCGAUAUGUGUUUACCCCACCGUGGUAGAUACUCUCCCAAAGUACAAGGAACCGGUUCUGAAACCCGGAUUAGAUGGUUUAGGACAUCGGUUGGCAGCCACUAAUCGUUGGUUGAUACAGCAGUUGAAAUCAAAGGCGAGGAAGAUUAAAAUAGAACCAAAAAAAUCAAACAAACUUAACCCUCGAAUCCAGAAGCUUUUGUCAAAAAUAUCCUCAAAGAAGUCUGAGCAGCAUAAGAUCUUCCAGAAACUGACGAAUUUUAUCAACUGGUUUCUAUCCCAAAAACCCAAACCUUUAGCCUUGACACCAAAAAAGAUUAAAAAUCUAGAAAUCCUGAGAAGCACAUCGGCCAAGCCUCGCGACAUUACAACAGCCCCGACAGUGUCUAAGCAACCUGGUGGGGUCCCUAUUGUUCCUUCAUCUAAAAUAACCAAUCCAAAGAAGGUGAAAAAGACACUAGGAAAAGGUCUUGAAGUCAACAAUAGCCCCAGUUCUAUACUUAUUUCAAUGAAUGUGCUUCCAGAAACUUUAAGCACAGUUAGCCCAAAAUCAGUUAUUCCGGAAAUUCCAGUUAUAGGCGUAACGGAGGCACCAAUUUUACCUCCAUUAAGCGAACCUGAAGCUUUUCCUGAUAUAAGUAUGCUUUUCCCGGAACCGGAAAUUCUUGUCCCGGAACCGGAACUACCAACAUUACCGACCACGACAGUACCAGUAUUAAGUAGUUCGUCGACGUUAAACUUCAUUAGUACUACCUCUUCGUCCCCCAUGAGUCAAGCUUCUACUGAAUCCCCCCGUCCAGAGAGCGACGUGGCUGACUCAAGUCUACCAGAGGGCCUCUCCCUGCCCGAAUUUAAACCAAUCUGGCACAUUAUUGAUCCAAUGUCCAAACAAAAAAUACCACUAGGGAAACUUCCUAUAGUUGACGCUAUUUCCCCCGCAGAGAGAAUGUACGAAAACGAGUACGGUCCACCAGAAGAUCCCAGUGACGCUUCACAGACGUCGUUCGACAAUCACUUCGUAAGCUACCUCCAAAAAACAAUGGUACCCCCAGAGUCCAACAGUAUCUACCCACUGAACUCUCUGUUAUACCCGGAAGUGGAAGUGUUCAAACCGGAAAAGCAGGGUUCAUGUCCGGCGAACCUGAUGUAUCGCCAAUGUGAAACAAAUUGCACGACCGACGAUGACUGUCCAGGGGUAGACAAAUGCUGUGACAUGGGGUGUGGGAAUGUGUGUGUAACCCCGAAAGAGAAGAAAAUCUAUUAAUAAGUUCUUAAGGACUAGAUAUUGUUCUAGAAGAAAACGUGCCUCAUAAUUAUUAAGCGAAACAUGACGCUUCUCUUGUUUAUAAAGCCUCAGGUGUGUAAAAAUCUCAGAAACUCAGUCGUUGUUACAAGGAGAAAAAAGGACAAUUCAUUAAAGAAUUGAUAAUCAUAGAAGAUUAGUAUUAACACUGUUUCAGUGAUCAGGGCAGCUUUGCAUGCUCAUAUUUUGUGACAAAUCAAAAUAUCGCCCAA